AUGGAUGAUUUCAGCCUGGAGGAUACCGUGCGACAGCUCUCUGACCUCGAAGUGGCCCUGUUCCUGUGUCUUGUCGCGCGUGAACACUGUUUGAUCGAAACCACGAGAGACGGCAUCCACGAUCUUGCCAAAGAGCUAGCCUUGGUCUGCUCAAAUGCCUUUGACUUGUCUUAUUCCAUUCUGGAUUGUUGUGAGACAACAUCCAUUGAGGACAUUCACAAUGAGAUCCUCACGGCAGAUGCUCGGAAACAUCAAGACCGUCCAUCAUAUUUCCGGUUGAAGACCGCCUCAAAGUCCAGUAAUCUCUCAUCGCCUAUGACUCCUCGAGAUCGCAGCAGGUCACCGAUCCCGAGCUCAUUGCCUGAUGAUACCAAUGUGGUCAACAUUGUCAUCGCCCAAAAUUUCAACCUGGUUGACGAGGACGUCCAAGUCCAGACUUUACAGUUAAUGCGAACUAAGAAGUUGGUAACUGAAAUAGGCAUCCUGAAUGCUCCUACAGACUUUCUUUUCAUUCCUCUCGUGGUGCGAGAGACUGAUCAGCUUCGACCACGACUAAAGACACAUUUGAGUGAACAUCUAUUGAUCUCACAUUACCACGACCCCGCCGAUGGCUACGUAUAUCUCGAGGAGAAUGACUGGCUAUCGGACGGUCAAAUAUCUGCGUCUUCUGUCAUUCACUCACCAAAGACCUUUGAAAAGACAAGCGCCAAAGUCGAUCGCCUGGCAAUAGAUAAGCUUCGAGAAGCGAGCGACUCUGUAACAAGCAGUGCGGAGGUGGUUCGGUAUAUCCAAGAUAUCGUUGUUUUCCUACGGCUCAGUCGUGCAGUUGCUGGCGGGGUAUCUGCUAAGGCGAACAACGACUUCGCUCGAUUUGCCCAGUUUCUUGCGCCCCUGCAUGGGAUUGACUAUCUCACGCCAUCGAUUGUAGCUUUGGCUGCGAGGAAAGUGUUUCGCCACCGCAUUGUCGUUGCGACUCCUGAUGAUGAUCGAAGCCUGCAAUACGGAAGUGGACUAGAAGCUGUCUCUUCUGUUCUGGUCGAUGUUACGCCCGACUCAAUAUUGGAUGGCGUCCUGGCAUUGGAGCCUCCAAUAUAA